AUGGUUCAGUCUUCCGUUCUGGGCUUCCCCCGUAUGGGAAAGCUCCGUGACCUCAAGAAGGCCACUGAGGCCUACUGGGCCGACAAGAUCUCCCAGGCCGACCUUCUUGCUGAGGGCAAGAGGCUGCGUGCUGCCCACUGGCAGAUCCAGAAAGAUGCCGGCGUCGACAUCAUCCCAUCCAACGACUUCUCCUUCUACGACCAGGUCCUCGAUCACAUCCAGCUCUUCUCUGCCACACCCGAACGUUACGCUACACACGGCCUCAAUGUUCUUGACGAGUACUUCGCCAUGGCCCGUGGUCACCAGAAGGGAGGUGUCGAUGUGCCCUCCAUGGAGAUGGUGAAGUGGUUCGACAGCAACUACCACUACACCAAGCCAUCUUUUCACAAUGGACAGACCUUUGCUCUGGCAAAGGACCCCAAGCCCGUCCGGGAAUACCUCGAGGCUAAGGAGGCUGGCUUCCAGACCCGCCCCGUUCUCCUUGGACCUGUCUCUUUCUUGGUCCUUGGAAAGACUGAGCGUGGUGCCACCGUUGACCCCAUCUCCUUGCUCCCUAAGCUCAUCCCCGUCUACGUCGAGCUCCUCAAGGCUCUCAAGGCCGCUGGUGCUGAAUCUGUCCAAAUCGAUGAGCCAGUCCUUGUCUUCGAUCUGAAGCCUGAGGUCAAGGCUGUCUUCAAGACUGCCUACGAAGCCAUUGGUGCUCUCGGCGCCGCUGGCCCAAAAAUUGUUGUUGCCACUUACUUCGGAGACAUCGUCCACAACAUUGAUGUUGUCCCUGCUUUCUCCAACCUCUACGCCCUUCACGUUGACCUUGUCCGCAACCCAGAGCAGCUCGAGACUGUCAUCAAGAGCCUUGCCCCUAAGCAGACUCUGUCCCUGGGUGUUGUUGACGGACGUAACAUCUGGAAGAACGACUUCCAGAAGUCUCUCAAGAUCAUCAAUGCUGCCAUUGAAGCACUUGGCAAGGAACGCGUCAUCAUCUCUACCUCCAGCUCUCUCCUCCACGUUCCCCACACUCUCGCCAGCGAGAAGAAGCUCCCAGAGGAAGUCUACCAGUGGUUCUCUUUCGCCACUGAGAAGGCCAGCGAAGUUGCCAUCCUCGCCAAGGCUAUUAAUUCCGGUGCUGCAUCCGUCCAGGCUGAAUUGAAUGCCAAUGCUGCCGCCCUGAAGUCCCGUGCUGAGUCCAAGCGCACCAACGACCCUAAGGUUAAGGAACGGCAGUCCAAGAUCACCCCUGACUUGUUCAACCGCAAGUCCGGCUUCGACACCCGCUAUGCCCAGCAGAAGACUCACCUUUCUCUCCCUCUCUUCCCCACCACCACCAUUGGUUCUUUCCCUCAGACUCAAGAGAUCCGUGUUCAGCGAAACAAGUUCACCAAGGGUGAAAUUACUCAGGAGCAGUACGAUGAAUUCAUCCGCAAAGAAAUCGACCUUUGCAUCCAGAUCCAGGACGAGCUCGGUCUCGAUGUCUACGUCCACGGUGAGCCUGAGCGUAACGACAUGGUUCAGUACUUUGGCGAACAACUCGAGGGUUAUGUCUUCACUACCUUCGCUUGGGUCCAGUCUUACGGCUCUCGUUGCGUCCGUCCUCCUAUCAUCGUCGGUGACAUCUCCCGCCCCGCUCCUAUGACUGUCAAGGAGAGCAAGUACGCUGCCUCCGUCUCUAAGAAGCCUAUGAAGGGCAUGCUUACUGGCCCGGUUACUUGCCUCCGAUGGUCUUUCCCUCGUGACGACGUCCACCAGUCCGUUCAAGCUCAGCAGCUUGCUCUAGCUCUCCGUGACGAGGUUGUUGACCUCGAGAAGAACGGAAUUUAUGUCAUGGUCGACGAGCCUGCCCUCCGUGAGGGUCUUCCUCUCCGCUCCGGCAAGGAACGUGAAGCCUACCUUGACUGGGCCGUGAACAGCUUCAAGCUCGCCACUGCCGGUGUUGAGGACUCGACCCAGAUUCACUCUCACUUCUGCUACUCCGAGUUCCAGGACUUCUUCCACGCCAUCGCUGCCCUUGAUGCUGACGUCUUGUCGAUCGAGAACUCUCGAUCUGACGCUAAGCUCCUCAAGGUCUUCAUUGACGAGGCCUACCCCCGCCACAUCGGACCUGGUGUCUACGACAUCCACACCUCUCGUAUUCCUCCUCAGGAGGAAAUCAAGCAGCGUAUCUCCGAGAUGCUGCAGUACCUCAAGCCUGAGCAGCUCUGGAUCAACCCUGACUGCGGUUUGAAGACCCGUACCUGGGCCCAGGUCAAACCCGCUCUUACCAACUUGGUUGAAGCCGCCAAGUACUUCCGCGAGCAGAACAAGGCCUAAGCCAUUACUUAGGGCACGCCUUGAUUCAACCUAUAAUAAUAGUUCAUUUCAUCUAGACUGGGUAUAACCUAGCUAUGUUUUUCCCUCUGAUAUCCUUUUUCUUUUCAUUUCCUAUGUUCAAGUUUAUUUCUUUUGUUUAAAACAAGUGUUCAACAACCUGCAUGAUAUCAGCAUUUGGGAUAUGAGAUACGAAGACGAUGAUGAUAAAAAAAAGGCCACAAACAGGGCGCCAUUCUCAACUCGGCGUUUUCUUUGGGGUUAUAGAAUGUUAAAACAAUUUCAGAAAAAGUUGUGUUCAACAAUUCAAAUGUUUACUUUAGCAAACAGAUUGCGGCGCUAGGUUAAGAAAGCAUGGGGGUUGUUUCUUCAACAUCGAUUUCAAUGUUCAAUGUUUUUUUGAGGCGCAAAAGUUCAAU